GGUCAGUGGCCACUUUUCUUUUGUUCGUUUCCACUGCUUGUCGCUCCUUUCCUCCCGCCGUAGUUGCUGUUCUUUAGACUUCUCCCAAUAUGUGGGAUGCUCUACGAUUGAUCAACCCUUUCCAGGGGAACGGCUAUACGCCCCUUGGAAACUACUCCCUACCAUCUAGCCACCGAAUAGGAACAUACUUAAAAAUAACUACCGCUGUCUCUAUCGUCGUACUCCUCGCCUUCCUCCUCCAUCCUCUGUCCGCGGCAGAGAGUUAUGGCCUACUACUCUACCAUCACCGGAACGCAAUACCCAGCAUAGUACACUAUGUCUACAUCAAGAAGGAGCAAGACUCGGUAAUCGACUUCCCCUUCGCCCACUUUCUUACACUAUACGCAUCGGUUCUGUACAUAUGGCCGUCCCGCAUCUUCAUCCACAGCGACUACAACGCCUCCGAGAUCGCCGAAGCCGCCGCCACUGGCAGCCCCUGGACCCGCAAAGUCCUCAACUUCUCAGACAUCGUACAAUGGAAUCACGUCCAAGCACCCGAGUUCGCGGGUCCGAACGAGAACACUCGCAUUAGCGCAAUCCAACAUAAAUCCGACUUCAUCCGCUGGGAACAAAUCGUCAAGACGGGGGGCAUCUACAUGGACUGGGAUGUUGUGCCACUACGCCCACUGACGCCGCUGCUGAAUGCUGGAUUUGCCUUCAUCGCCGGAAGGCAGUACGGCGGCAAAGACGAAGGUGGUCAAAUAAACGGCACCAUCAACAAUGGAGCAUUCAUGACGCGCCCUAACAGCGCUAUGGCACGUAUCAUGCUGCGCGAGCAAACCGCUGGCUUCAACGGUGCCUGGGAAUACAAUCUCCAAUUCCUGACUUCCCUUGCCGAACGCCUCGUCAGCAUUCCUGGAGAAGUCUUGAUAUGUGACCGGAACGCCUUCGCGCCCACGCACUGGUUCUUUGAAUCCAAAGACGCCCUCUUCUUGCCCAACGAUGGCCUACCCUCGCCCGAGCCUAAGCGCAUUAAUAGCACGAAUCCCCUGGUGUUGUACGACAAUAUGGUGGCGAACAGAAGGAAUCGGAGGGGCUGGGAAAUGGAUUUUAGCGCGACGUAUAUGCUGCAUGCUUUUGGGCAGGGGCAGUAUAAUGAGUGGAUUACUCCGAAAAAGAUUCUCGAAAGGAAGAGCAAUUAUGGGAUUGCGACAUGGGCGAUUGUGAAGAGGAUGGUGGAGGAGGGUGUCGUGACUGGGGAGGAGGAUGACUAGUGAGAAGGCAGGGUUUAGAGACAAACAGGCGUCCUCCCCGACGAUAUGCCCUACCUGGCCAACGAUCCAACCCGCC